GGCCGAGGACGAGGUGGUCUACGUCUCCCAGGCAGACGCCGAAGCGAUGAACGGUAGUGCGCGUGACGCUCUGGCAGAUGAUGACAAGGAAGAGAAAGUGGAGAUACUUGCCGAUGGCGGCGACGAAGCGACGGAUCAUGAAGUGAAGCAAGGGGAAGACACCAAAGUGUUGCAAGUCCCUUUCACCAAGUCUCAAUGCCAGGAGGAUCGGAGAUGUCGACGCGUAUCGCACACCACCCGGCAAUCUGGUCGGCAAGCGCAGGGCGACAGACGAGUGCAUUGACUUUGCUGAGGGUGAUCAGUAUCUCCAGAUGCAAGGCGAUGCGGACGAUGAUGCCGCCGAGGUGCAGCGGCAUACGCAGACGCUCAGCUUUCGCCUGCCGUACAAGCGCAUCAAGACACACUCUCUGUUCGCUUUUUUUGCUGCACGCGCAAGGCCUCAAUCCAGGACUCGCCCAGCCUGGCAAGGUGCUGUGCCACCGAUAUUAGCAGGACGUGCAUCUUCAUGUAAUACCCCUCCUGGGCACAAGAAUGUAUAUGCGCUGUUUUGUGCAGC